AUGGCUGCCGCCAAAAGUGAAGAAUUGGACAUCUGUGCUAAGACACUGGACAAGAUGCGUGUGGGUGUGGGCACCGUCAUAGGCACGUGGAUCCACACAACGUACUACAACGUGAUCUUCAGCUGGUUCAUGUACUACUUCUACGUGUCCUUUUCAAGUCCCCUGCCUUGGGCCCACUGUGGCAAUGACUGGAACACUCCUACCUGUAUCUCCCAGUAUGUUGAUGUUAACAGAACAGGGUACAACAUGACGGACAACGGUACCAGCUACACCGUGACAAGAGACAUCAACAGUACAGCUGCUAUAAUGACAGCCGAGGAGGAGUUCUGGAGAUUUCAGGUUCUGGAUGUAACAGAUGGCUUAGAAACCAUUGGAAGUAUCAGAUUGCCUCUAGCUGUUUGCUUGGCUUUCACCUGCUGCCUGAUAUUCCUGUGUGUGUUCCGAGGAAUUCGAGUAACUGGAAAGCUUGUGUACGUGACGGUGACCAUACCCUGCAUCCUCGUAAUCAUCUUCCUCAUCCGAGGAUGUCUGUUGCCAGGGUCAGCAGAUGGAAUAUAUUUCUAUAUUUUCCCAAACUUUGAAGCCCUAUCAAGGCCUCAGGUAUGGAUCGAGGGUUGUAACUUCGCUCUUUACUCGCUUGGUCUCGGCAUGGGAUCAAUCGUGACUUUGUCCAGCCACAGUAACUUUAGGAACAACUGUUUCAGAGAUGCUGUGGUUGUCUGCAUUGGCGACAUGCUGGUAACACUGCUCAUUGGUUUUGCAUUCUUUGCCAUAAUCGGCCAUGUUUCCUACCAGAGAGGACUGCCUGUUGAAGAAUUUGAAUCUUCAGGAUUCAAUCUUGCAUUUAUCAUCUUCCCUCAAGUGUUGAAUUACCUCCCCCUGCCGCAGUUGUGGUCUGCCUUGACGUUUCUGACGCUGCUCACCCUUGAACUUGACACUCUGGUUCCUCCGAUUGAAAAUGUAGUGGCAGCUUUAAGAGACCGGUUUCCACAUUUAUCGCAACGGCGUUGGCUUGUUAUUGCUGUAUUACUUACAACCAACUUCAGCUUUGGCCUCAACUACAUUACACAGGUGACCGGAACCGUGAAGAUUCGGGGCGGGAUAUAUGUGCUGACUCUCGUGGACUGGUUUGCCUACUUCCCGUCCAAUGUCCUCUUCUCUACCCUUGAGUGCGUUGUGGUUGGAUGGUGCUACGGUACUGCCAGACUACAAGAUGAUAUCAAGCUCAUGUGGGGGAAGGCUAUUCCUCUGGCAAUGGUGAUAUCCAUCAAAUUUGUGUGUCCGAUCUUGUUGGUGUGUGUGUUCUGUUACUCCCUGUAUUCCUACCGACCUCCCAAGUAUGGAGACUAUGACUACCCUCCAUGGGCAACAGGAAUUGGAUGGAUGGUGUCUCUGGCUUCAAUCCUGCCCUUCCCGGCUGUGUUUGUGUGGAGAAAAUUCCUGACGUCUUUGAAACCACACAAGAACUGGCGUCAAGUAUCUUGUAGCACACAGAUGGACAUGGGUCAGCCCAUGGCCAAUAUGGAGGAGCCAUCGUAA